GAGGACAAUGCGACCACCUUAUAAGAUGCAGGGACUGAAUUACGUUGCCUUUACCCACUAAGCACAGGCAACAAUUAUUUAUCUCGUUGACUAACCAGCUUCAGUAACUUAUGAAUACUAAUAACGAAGCUGGACUUCGUUGAACACGUUCUUUACUGAUAUCAAUCUUCUGUGACAAUCGAUUGUUUAAUUGGCUUUAUCGAGUACAAAUCAAGCAAGGCGCGCUUCACGAUGCAUUUCGUCAGCAAUACCGCUCUCUUUGCGAUUCUCACGGCUCUUGCUGUUCGUUCAGCACCUGCUCCACAAUCUGGUACCGAUUACACUUGUGAUAGUGACACUCAAUGGCAUGACGCAUACCAGACCGUUACUUGUCCUGGCGAUACCGUUUGUGUCACUGGUGCCAGUGGGAACCCUUGCCAAUUUCCAUCGGGUUAUGGACAGUCUGGAGUAGUGGCUGUUGCGGUCACUUCUGCCGCUGCUGUAACUUCGGCAGCCGCGGUAGCCACUUCGGCUAGUGCUGCUGGAGGGGUAACCUCAGCGACUUCAGCUGGAGGUAUCAGCAUCAGCGGAAACGCAGCCACUUCAGCUUCAGAAGAAGCUGUAACUUUGUCGUCGGGGGCUACAGCUACCGAAUCUGGUGGUGGAGGCAGUGCCUCGCACACGAACUCUGCAGCAUCGGCAAGUGGUACCUCCACUUCGGACGGCACUAGUGUAUCGAACAGAUUUGUGACUUAUUGGGAUAACUACGCAAAUAUGGGAGGGGUCAACGCUGGUCAAUUGACGGCUGUUACUCAUGUAAUUCUUUCCUUUGCCGAUAUGACCGACUGGGCUACCGAGCAAACGACUUGGAAGUUCAUGGAAUCUUCCAACGGCAACUUUGACUCUUCAACAGCCGCAACGCUCAAGGGCAUGCAAUCGGGUCUUAAAGUUUGUGGAGCUCUUGGUGGUUGGGGUCUCGAUAGUGUUAUGGCUACUGCAGUACGAGGCGGAGACUCAACUAUUGCAACGUUUGUGGCCAAUGUGAAGGGAUUUGCCGACUACUUCAACUUGGACGGCAUUGAUAUUGACUGGGAAUUCCCCUCCGCCUCUGAUGACGCCAACCUCAUCACUUUUAUUACCCAGCUGCGUGCUGCACUUGGUGAUGACAAACUUAUUUCAGUCGCACUUGGCUCCCGAGUUGAUACUACCGAUGCCGCCGCGUUCAAUAGUGACACGUUCUCGAAACUUGACAGCCUUGUUGACAUGUGGAACCUCAUGACUUACGACUAUGUCAAUCGCUACAGUACUGUCACCGAACAACAGGCUGGUAACCGCGUUGUCACCACCGUCAUGGAUUACUAUGAGCAGCAAGGUAUCACCAUGGAGAAAUGUAACGUCGGUUUUCCUAUGAACGCCAAGUACUUCACCCUUACCGAAACCUGUGAUUCUUCAAACCCAAUCGGCUGUUCUCUUCCAGGCACCGACUACUAUGAAGACAGCGGCGUUGAUAAUUACAAGUCGGGAUGGGUCAGAUUUAAUCCAGAUUUGGAUUCUUCGCUGGGUACAGAAGGAACAGAAUGGGCGACCAAGAUGAGGGCGCAGUGGGAAGCUCGGCCAACCGAUGGAAGUACAGAGAUUACUGCCGAUGUAUCGAACGCCUGGGUUGAUGAGACCAAUGAUGUCUUCUGGACUUGGCUGUCUGACUCUGACAUGAAGACAACUUGCCAAAACUGGGUGACGUCGGGCAAGGUGGGAGGCGCUAUGGUUUGGAGUCUGAACCAGGACGACGAAAGUCAAGACGGAGGGAGUCACUUGACUGCACUUGCAGAAUGUAUCCAGGGGUCGUAAUCCAUAGUCCGGAUGUGUGAUUAGAGUACUCCUAGUUGAUGAUGACAUGUUACCGUCCCUAUGUUGUAAUCUU